AUGGAUUGGAUAGAGAAGAUAACAGGAGUUAUUGCCUCGUUGCUAAGCUCUCAGGGUCCCGAGAGGUGUUUAUCUGGUAGUCCUAUGGGCAGUAGCCAUCAUCGAUCCGCCAGUGAUAGCCUAUCCAAACCCCGGCCGCCUAUAAGUCAUUCGAUGAAAUGCCUAAGGCAAUUAAGGGUAAAUAACAUGACUGAUGAUAGUGGAAAAACAUAUUAUCCUCAGAGAGGUUUUGAGCAACAAUGGCUAUCAAUUACAAUCUCCAAGGCAAUAUUUCUUGGGAAUGGACUGGUUGCCAUUUUAGCUAGUUUAUUUGGAAAUCUUUUAGUUGGUUCGUUGGCCAUGGGAGCUAUUGCUCCAUUUGAUGCAGCUUCAAUCUUUCUUGCCAUUGGAAUGGCCAUCAUCAUAUCAUCAUGGACUGAAAAUUAUGGUGACUCAUCAGAAAGCAAAGCUCUAAUGACCUAA